AACAAUCGACAUUUGUGGACAGUAACACAGAAAGAAAGACAAUUACAAACUGUUUCAGUGAAACUGAACUACAGCGGAGAUUCUAAUGAGUUUGAAGCGACAGAAGAGGCGACGUAGGACGCACAAGUGGCGGUCCAUAGAGCUGCCUUGACUGUCUGUCUGAGAGGCGGUCUAGUUUUGACAGCAAAAGCCCCCGAGCUACACUGACACUCCAAUCCAGUAGGUGGCGGUAAUGCACUUAAAAACUGGGUUUAAUCGAUCGCUAACACCAAAGAAGAAGACAAAAGCAAGUAUUUGAAGUUGUUGUGACAGCUAAAAUAACAUUUCGACAUGGAGACAGCAGUGGAAAACCUUGAGUUGAUGUUCUCAAAGUCGGAAGCGGGGUUGGACCACAUCGAGAAGCGCCUGAAGCUGGACCUCAACAACCACACUGCUGAGAAUGGACGUUUCCCUGAGGAGAACCCCGUCAUGAUGCUGGAGAGACUGAGAGCCAUUAAAGACAAACACGCAGUGUUGUGCUCUCAGAUGACAGAGGUCGCCGCUGCACAAAAAGAGUCCAUGUUCUCCAUCAGAGACAACAUCAGCAGGGCCGUCGUGCUGAUUCAAAACUUGGCACAGAGCGGCAUGGAGGUUCACUCCCUGGCUGAGUCGGUGCAGAAGCUGGAAGAGAUUUCGAUGAAAAUAAAGUAAAAUAACAAUGAACUACUCAACUUUUGUACAGGGUCAAAUCUGAAGCCUCCACUUGGACGACAUGCUCACAUUCCGCAGCCUCCCUAGGGGUUGAGGGUUGGCCCCGCCACUCCUCAAAUCUGCAUAGAGACAGAUUUCAGCGUUACAUGCUAAUUGUUAUCAGCAAAGAAGAAUGAUUUCACCAACCAGCUGAAAAAAAGGAGCUGUUGCCCCCAAAUGACCCCCAGGCCCAACUUUGGACACCCUCGGGCUCAGCAGCUCAUCUCCAAAUUGAGCAAAUCUAAAUCAAAUGAUUCUAGACCAACUUUUAAAAAGACUUCUGUUUUCUAGGUUACUUUUAGAUGAUAAUUACAAUUUUACGUUCUUUAUUGUUUUCUACCUGAUAUCAAAAUCUGUUCACUUUUUCUUCAUUAGUGUUCAAACUGAAGCAUUAAUCAUUUCUACUUGUCUUUGAAUGUACAGUAUAUAUAUAUGUGUAUAUAAUGUAUAGAUGCAUGCACACACACACACAUUUACAUACACACAUAUACCUGUGUGUAUAUAUAGUAUACUGUACACUCAAAGAUAAUUAGAAAUUAUAUAUAUAUAUAUUAUAUAUAUAUAUUAUAUUGUGUGUAUAAAAAAAGAGAAAGAACAUAAAUUAGUCUUAGUGAAAAAGGGCAAUAUGUAAUUUAUGUGCUGCUACCAAACUUU